AUGAUGCCUUUUUUAUAUCCAACACAACAACCAACACCAUAUCCUAUUUUGGUUAUAGCCAGUCAAUCUCAUAUCGAAGAAGAUGAUGAGGAUGAUGAUGAAGAUGAAGAUGAAGAUAUUGAAGAGGAUUAUUUAGCAUCACCAAUGACUAUAUUUUCAAGAACUAUGCCAAUUCCAAUGACAGCUUUGCCACAUUUUGUUCAUACAGAUGAACAACAAAUCCAACAACAACCACUACCACAAACAACGUCUAAUUCGGAUGAUGAUUCAAGAUUAUUUCGUUUACGUAUGAAUGUCGAUGGUUUUCAACCCAAUGAAUUAAACGUUUCAAUUCGACAUGGUCGACUUAUUGUUCGUGGUAAACAUGUUGUACGUGCACCACCUCAAUUAUCUCAACCAUUAACAUCUAAUUCAGUUAUCAAUGGAAAUGAUGAUACAGAACCUGAUUUUGUUGCCAAAGAAUUCAAACGUACAUUUACUAUUCCAUCAAAUGUCGAUGUACGAAAAGCUCAUGCACAAUUUUAUCCUCAACAACAAUUGCUUGUAAUUGAAAUACCAUUUCAAAAUUCUAUAGAUUCAUUACAAACAGGAAUUAAUCGAAUACGCAUACGUCCAAUGGAUAUAUUUCUUACAAUAAUAACGAUUUUAUUAAUGGAUCGAGCAUUACGUAUAACAUAUGAACAAUUUAUGAUGAACGAACAACAACAACCACCACCAAAUCCAUCUAGUCAAUAUAGAAAUCGACGAAGAGUCAAUCGUGAUAUAUUCUUUUAA